AUGGCAACUUUCGGGCCGAAGAUGGCGCAGCUGCAGUCCAAGGCGUGCGAGGCGACGAGGUUCGCGGCCAAGCAGGGGUCCGCGUACCACAGGUCGCUCAUGGAGAGGAACAAGCAGUACGUCGUCGACCCGCCCACCGUCGAGAAGUGCCGGGAGCUCUCCAAGCAGCUCUUCUACACCCGCCUCGCCAGCCUUCCUGGCCGUUACGAGUCUUUCUGGAAAGAAGUCGAUGGUGCAAAGCUCUUGCUGACAAACAGAAAGAACCUGAAGGUUGAGGAUUUGGGGGUUGCUGCAUUGUUUGGCAUUGAGUUGUAUGCAUGGCUUUGCACCGGUGAGAUCAUAGGUAGAGGUUUUACCCUCACUGGGUACGAUGUCUGAUCGCUGAUGUCUAGCAUGAGCAGCCACAUUAUUAUUCUACAUUUACCAUCGGAUAUUAUGUUAAAUGUUAGGUGAUCAAUUUUUUCCUACUUGAUGUGAAGUUUUGUUUUAAAUUUUGAUCUUGCUACUGAACAAGACUAAAAGAUUAGA